CAUGGUCUCACUGUAAACAUUAAAUUUCUUUACCCUUCGCUGUAACCCGACAAGUGAACCGAGAUGGCGGCGAUCCCCCCGUCUCCCGUUGCCCUCCGCCCCGCCACCCCUUCCUCCGCCAUCGUCAUCCCGAUGUCCUUCUCCCUCCAUCGCCUCCCCUCGGCUCCACGCCGUCUUUGCUCCCUCAGGCUUGCAUCCCCCUCCUUCCGCGGCUGCUGCCGUGGCGCUACCGGAGCAGUCAUAAUGGACACCGCGGCAUCGAGAUACGCGAACGCGCUCGCCGACGUCGCCCGGUCGAACGGCAGUCUUGAGGCUUCCAUCACCGACAUGGAGAAGGUGGAUCGGCUAUUCGCCGACCCUGAGGUCCAGUCCUUCUUCGCCAACCCCAUUGUGGCGCCGGAUCGGAAGGCGGAGUUGGUGAAGGAGAUCACCGCCUCCUGCGAGCUCCGCCCCCACACUGCCAACUUCCUCAACAUCCUCAUCGAGAUGCAGCGGAUCGACAUCGUCAAGGAGAUCGCCAGGGAGUUCGAGGCGUGCUGCAACCGAAUGACUAAUACGGAGGUCGCCAUCGUAUCGUCUGUGGUCCGGCUGGAGCCACAAGAUCUCGCCCAUAUUGCGCAGGCAGUGCAGAGGCUCACCGGGGCCAAGAACGUGAGGAUCAAGACGGUACUCGACCCCUCCCUCAUUGCCGGCUUCACGAUUCGGUACGGGCCAUCGGGGUCCAAGUUCAUCGACAUGAGCGUCAAGAAGCAGAUCAAUGAUAUCGCUUCGCAGCUCGACUUUUCUUUCACCUCCCAUUCCCUUGACUGAUUAACAGUUAGGAAGAUGAGGAGCCUGAAAAAUAAAGCUGACCAUGAAGAGGCUGUGAUCAGACCAUGUUCAAUUUUGGGUUUCGGCACCUGACUCUAUUGAACUUUAUAAGCCUAUGGAGAAUGUAAAGCUAUCGUGCACGGCUCUUUUAAUUCUCAUUCGGCUCUUUUAGUUCUCAUUAGUUUGUUGCAUAAUUAUCUUUGUAUGCAAAGGAUAUGUAUAGGGAUUGUUGUUUGAUAGGAAUGUUGUUCUUACUUGGCCUAUGUUUUUCCAAGCAUGUUUGUCUCAAGCUAACUGUGGAACCUGUGGCAUUGAGAAUAGAAAAGUUUUUGUAUGGAGAGUAAAAUAAAAUAAAAAUUAAAACAAGAGAAGAACAUUGUUGUAUCUUCUCAAAUAAAAGAGACAGAAGAAAAAGUUAUAUUACUAUAUCGCAACAGAGAUUCUAAAAUGCUAUAAAUCUAGAUUUUCUGUGGGUCUCAUUUGAUACAGCAGAGGGCCUGUUAUAGAAUGCAUCGUGUUAUGUGCAAUAGUGCAGGUUGUGAACAAAAUGAUAAUGUUAGAAAGAUCAUCAUGUCUAAAGUUAAAAUGGAUCGAGUACAAUAGAGACCGGUGGAUGUUUCAUUGUAGCCCAAUGAUGUGGAGUCCCUCUACUUAUGCUAUUGAUAUUACAGUGGAAUCAGCACCAAAGAAGAAUUAGUCGGAAGCAGGAUAUUGAGAUUAGAUGGUAUCUUGACACAGAAAGGUUUGGGUCUAAAAGAUAACAAGAAUUAGUAAUUGAGUUUCUGAUUUAUUAGUAAAAAUUUCUGGUUAAGGCAGAUAGGGAAUUUCUUAUAUUCUUUGAAGCCAAAGAUGUACUCUCUUUUUCUGUGUUUUUUCUUUCUUUGCAUUGUCUUUUACCAAAUUAAGUUACUUCUACAUUGCACCGUUACUUUCUCAACAAAUCAUAUUUAACUAUAGGUAGCAUGUUUCCGCAAAAGACUAGCAUGAACUUUAAGUAGCAUCUCUCUAUUAUCAAAAUCAUUCUUAUAAUCUAUGUUGUCUUUGCAGGAAAGAUUUGUAUUUGCCAGUCCAUUAUCAAAGUGUACUCGAUGUUACUUGGUUAUUCUCUUUGCAAGAAAUUGGCAAAAGAUUAUUUUUCUCGAAAUUAUCUUUGAGCUGGAACUUGGAUGGUGCAGGGAUUAUCACAUAGGCAAUCAUGUAUUCUCAUACAGUAGUUGCAUGAUGUUUCAGCAUGAGAAGAGACUGGAUCUGCUUGCAUUCAUGAAUCACAAAUCUUCUUUCUACUUGUUUAGUCUUAUCAAUACGAGAUGCAAAGUUUAUUUGCCUGGAAACUGGGACAACAUGUGGGAACUGUGUGAUAAGAUGUCUCUGCUGCAAUAUGCUGCAUGAUACAUGGUUCUGAUAUUUCAAGGUUAUCAAAUGAAGAGAGUGGAAGGAGACCUGUCGAGUGGAAGCUGAUUGGGAGUUUCCUUGGAAUGUAGGAAUGCAAUGACAAGAAAUAGGAAUGAUUUCAUCUGCAUUCAGAGAUAUUGGUGUAUCAAGCGUUGGUAGAUGCAGAACCCAACAGAAAAAUGGGCAUCCAAAUCCCUCUACAAGUUUUGAGGGAAACAAGAAAGUGUAGUCACUAGUCACAGAGUGAGUUGGAGUAGAACAAGAUUUACCAAAGAAAAAACCUGGUGACUGAUCACAGAAUAAAAACCUCAUCAGUUUUGCUCAGCCCUAAGCAGCAAUUCCUGAUUCAUACAGUGUGCUCCUAGUGCCAGUACUGAAUGCCACAGAUGAGACACAUCCUCAACCGGCACCUGCAUGGUCUCUUUUAGGUGUAGGAUGAUGAACAAGUGCAAGAUCACUAUCAACUAUCAAGCUUCACUAGCCUAUUGAGAGGAAGUUCAUAUAGGCUCUUACUUGAUACAGAUUCAGUACUUCACUACAGAUGUGAAGAAGCAGAUACCUCAUUACAGAUUGUAUAUAUUUGAAUUCAAAUCAGUGAAAAACAUCUUGUUUUAUCUGUCCAAUAGAAGCAAUAUGAAUAAUUUUUAGUGGGAAUAA